AUGGACUCAGGCUCGACCGAUAGAUCCCAAAGAGAAGAUGUACAAAGAGAGUUGGGCUCUCGGAGAGUUUUCGGUGGUCGAUGGGCCAAGGAGCUGGAACGUCUUGAUGCACUGAAGAAGUGGGGGAACCUGGGGGAACCUGGCGGCCUGGCGGGGAGCUUUGCGAAUGAGCAUGCCGAUGAGUUCUCCUGUCUGAAGCGAGAAAAACCCGUGGGGCCCGCCCAAUGUGAUGGGACUGGAAAACUCGGCGAGGACAUCUAUUACGAGACUGGCAUUGACAAACACAUCACCCAGUCCGAACGAGCAUUGAGUUUCAAGCGCGACGUCAUUGUGGGAGAUCCGGAACGGACCAGCUUUUGGAAGGAACCCCCCGGAGGAUCUCGCAUGGCAGCCGCAUCGGGAGGUACCUUGAAAGGAAAAGCUUCCAGAGCAUUGCGAGCCAAGGAGCUGGCGCGGGAGACGACCCGCGAAGAGCUGCGCAGCGUCCGCAGCACCUUGGGCAAAAUGGGGAGACGCGCGGAUUUGUCAAGCAGCAUGGACGUGGAGACAGCGGAAACUCCAAAGCCUCCAACCAACGAGUCGCCGGGUAUGGAGCUGGAUGAGUAUCUUCAAGACACUUCGCGUUGGAAGACCUUUGAUGACGUCGAAGAUGAGGUCCACUACUUGCGACACCGAGGCGAUGUGCUGGCGCGGGGCUUGAAGGCCUCGCGAGAGGAGCUUGCACAGCUCCAUGAAGCCGGACAUCGGCUGCAACAGGCGUAUGAGGAGCUGCACCGUCAGUAUCGUGAGGUGGCAGCUGAUGCAGUCUAUUGGCAAUCCCUGGCAGAAGGAUCACGCGCGCCUGCCGAGUCGCCAGCAAUGCCCAAGCCCCAUGGAGCUUGGUCUCCGGAACCCACACCACAUCUAGAGGUGGCAAGCCCCAGUGAUGCACGUGAAGCCUUACGCCGCGCUGCCGUGGAAGCGGCCAAGGUGCUUCAGCAGAAGCAGGGGAAGACAGCGGAGGGCAAAGAGAAUGUGGCCACUUAUCUCAGUCCAAGCAAGACCAAAGGCCGCGAUGUGGAUGCCAGGACACCGAAUCGACGAACCUGUGCCGAGGAAAGCCCUUCACCAUGUCCCAGUACCCACUCCAUGCCGGCCAUGCUAUUUUCGAACUCCUCCAAGUCCAUCCGCAAGUGGGGCAUAGGCAGUUCACCACGCCGCUGUCCAAAACUGGGAACACCCACACGGCGUGCGCAGGUUGAAGGUGAUUUCCUGCCUUCUCCGUUGGUGCCCCAGAGUGAUCGUGGGUCCCAGGACCACCUCUCCGAUUCGAUGCCGUGCAGGCUUCGGCGUGCCUGA